GGUGCCCCAUAGCCUCUGUUUGACAGAAGCUGGGAGUGGCUGAGGGGUGGAUCACUCGCUAAUCGCCCUGUUCUCUUCAUUCCCUCUGGGGCGCCUGGCGUUGGCGUCCGUCAGAGACAGGACUCUGGGCUGGAGGAAUCUUUGCUCUGACGCUGUCUGGCCAUCCUGGAGUGUUGUCUACUGGUCUUAACCCAUUUCAUUUUCUUCUAGUCCUGUCCACAUUCUAACUCUUGGGUUCAGACCCCCGAGGCCACGUGCGGGCACCGCUCAGAGCCUCUGUGAAGAGACCUGCGCAUGGAGAACUCACAGGGAAAUGGGCCCGAAGCAAACAGCUGGAGAUGAUGGUGAAAGCUGUGUUGAUGCACCCCUGUUUUGUAAGAACUACUACGUCCUCUGCUUUCCUGUCUGCCCCUCGCCUCAGUUUCUGGGUCAUCUGGGCCCCCAGGCAAUCGGGUGGUGACGUCGGAAUAUUCAGCCCUUUGCCAAGGUCCAUUUUCCAUCCACGAAUGGCCAGGAUGGGAAAUUUUCUGCCGCCGUUGGGACCCGGCAGGCUCUCUUUUCAGGGAUGCCUCUGACCUGUUUCUAUUGCAAAUCUGGAGAAAGCUGUUUCCACAACCUCCCCCAGAUCUGCUCCUCUCCCCAGGACGCCUGCAUCAUCGUUCAAGAACACAACAUGCUCGCCUUUCAGUCUAGCAUGUGGAAUGGAGGCACGUACCAGUCCUGCGCCGACUCCCGCCAGAGCCUCACGGGCUUCCUGGCUUUUUACUUCGGGGCCACAGUGACCGUGGAGAUCCGGUCGGAAAUUUGCAAGACCAAUGACUGCAACGCCCAUUUAAUGCCCAUCAGGCAGGCUAUCAGCAACAUCCGCAAUGGCCUGCAGUGCCCGGCCUGCUACUCCCCAGGCUUUGAGAGCUGUGAGAGCAACGAGAGCUUGCGCUGCACUGGAGGUGCCGACCAAUGUGCUGUCAUCGUUGGGAUGCUGGCGCAAGGUGCGGCUUCCUUCACUCUGGGGCGGGUUAAAUCCCCGGGGAGCUGGGGGGUGUCCUGGGGCUCGUCCGUGCUGGCUGAGCUGGGGAGCCAGGAAACACCCCUUCGCUUAGUAACAGCGGAAACCAUAAAGGCCAUCACUCAAAACAAAGAGCUGCAUGAUCAUGCUAUGCCCUGGCUCCCAGCCCCCCUGCUCUAACCACUAGACCCCACACCCUUCCCGGAGCCCGGGAGUGAACCCAGGAGUCCUGGAUCCCAGUCUCCCCUGCUCUAACCACUAGACUCCACUCCCUUCACAGAGCUGGAGAGCAAACCCCAGAGUCCUGGCUCCCAGCCCCCACUGGACAUCCCAGCAAGACUUGGUGACCCUUUGCAUAUUUCAAACAUGGCAAGACUGAGCAGAAGCUAAGCCAUGUGGGUUGUGAAGUUUCCCAAACCUAUGAUUGGCGAGGGUGGGUCCAUGGGAGAGAAGCAGAAGACCAGGGAGCAGGGGCAGAAUAGCCCAGUACAGAGAUAGAACAAGGACUGGGAAUGUGGCCUUGGGAAAAGCUAAGACAGAGCUUUUGGGCAGAAAAGUGGCUGGAAAGGGGCUUUGGAUGGUGGGCAAAUACAUUGUUUGUAGCUACGCAGGAUUCCAUCAAAGAUAGCCCUGUUUCCAAUGCCAAUUUCUCUUCCUAAUGGGAAUGACCCUCAAGAUCUCAAAUUUUUGGUGAUCCGCUCUGGUCAUAAGGGGUAACAAUAUUUUCCACCCUUUGCCAAGUAGCAGCAGAAUUCUGGUGCCUUGUAGGUCAGUUUCCCACUGGAAGAGAAAUCCGUGGGGCAAAGUCUAGUAUUUCCUUAGGGGAGGUUGCUUGUUUACAUUGUUUCCACCAGU